CAACAGGCCUCUCCAAAAAAUAAUCUGGUGAGGCACAUGAGAACACAUACAAAGGAGAAACCAUACAGCUGCAAGAUUUGCAAUAGGGCUUUUUCUGAGAGAGGUAACCUAGUAGUGCACAUUAGAAUACACACCAAGGAGAAGCCAUACAGUUGUGAAAUUUGUAAGAAGGACUUCUCAGAGAAAUCUAGUCUAGCAAGACAUAUGAGAGUACAUACAAAGGAGAAGCCAUACAAAUGUGAGAUUUGUAACAAGAACUUUUCGCUUAGAGCUAAUCUAGUGAGUCACAUGAGAUUACACACAGAGGAGAAGCCAUACAGCUGUGAGGUUUGCAAUAAGGCCUUCUAUACAAAAAGUCAUGUAGUAAGGCAUAUGAGAGUACAUACAAAAGAGAACCCAUAUAGCCGUGAAAUUUGCAAUGAUAAAUUCUCAGAAAAAAUAAUCUGGUGAAGCCCAUGAGAAUACAUGCAAGUGAGAAUCUAUACAGCUGCAAGAUUUGCAAUAAAGUCUUGUUACAGCUGGUAUGUCACUCGGAGAAUUCAGGGGAAGAGCAGCUCCGGCUGAACUCUAAUUCUCCUAAUGCGGUCGCCAGAAUCAUAGACGAAAAGUCAAAUGGCCUGAUAUGAAUGGCUAAAUAUCACGUAACAACAGUCUUUGCAUUAAAGUACUAAGUGAUUAUCAAGUUUGUUCUUGCACAUUCACUGAUUUCAUUCACUAUUCAUUCCAUAUUACAAUGCUCAUUAAUCAGGUUAGCAUAAUAUUAAGUGUUAAUUAAUUCAUUUAUG